UAUUAGGAAGUGACGCUGACAUCUGUCUGAGAAACAUAUUCUGGACUCCUUAUUUAUUUUAUCUUGAGAUUAAAACAAACAAACACAAAAUGUCGUCUGAUUUUGAGACAUACGAGCAGGAUUUCGGGACCCUGACAGCUGACAUAACGAGCAGGAUUGGAAAGAUUCCUAAAUUGGGCGGAGAUGAGAAAAAGAACAUGGUUGUAAUUGUUGAGAAGCAGCUAGAAGAAGCCAGAGAGCUACUGGAGCAGAUGGACCUUGAGGUGCGGGAGAUCCCUGUGCAGAGUCGAGGCAUGCACAGCACCAGGCUUAAGAGCUACAAACAGGAGCUGGAGAAACUUGAGAAGGAUUUUAAAAGGUCACGCAUCGCCUACAGUGACGAGGUGCGGGACGAGCUCCUGGGGGAUGAUGGGAAUUCAUCGGCGAGUCAGUUGAUAAAGUUACGUGAAGAGAGAGCACAUCUGUUGGAUAACGCUGAAAAGCUGGAAAGGUCAUCCCGAAGACUAGAAGCUGGCUACCAGAUAGCUGUGGAAACUGAACAAGUUGGCCAGGAAAUUUUAGAAAAUCUGCACCACGACAGAGAGAAAAUACAGCGAUCCAGAGACAGGCUUCGUGAAACAGAUGCCAACCUGGGAAAGAGUUCCAGGAUCCUCACAGGAAUGUUACGUAGGAUCAUCCAGAAUCGGAUCUUGAUGUUUAUUCUGGGCGUUAUCAUCCUUUUCACCGUUGUGCUGGCUAUUUAUUUUUCUGUCAGAGGUCUCUGAUUCUUCUCAACCCCCUGCGUGAUUAAUAGCGACAGAGCAUUCGUUUGGAGUAAUUAGGACAGAUUGGUCACAUGAAUCAUUUUCUUGCACUGACAGACCUCUCCUCCCAAGCACACAUUGACUCAGGUGCAGGCAGUGAAUGCAGUGUUUUAGUGAGGUUUAUUUCUUUGCAUGGAAUCUUUUUCUUCUCUGUAAAAAUCUGGUAGGAGUUUUUAAAAGUGCAGGUAUGCAGUGAUGUGUUAACAUUGACCUUGUUUUCUUGGGGUUUUUUUGUGUGUGUUUUGUAUUUUGCAGUAUUUAAGUAUUUUUUUUUGUGUAGUUUUAGGAUGUCACUAUUAACAACAGCCACUUAUAGACAGAUUAUGCUACUUUCCCAAAUCAAGAAA